UGGCAGUUAGGGAUCCACCCGGCUAACUUGGCCUUGAAGAUCCGGCACGAUCACAGAUACUCCAGUUACUCCCACUCUCCCAGGGGCCGUGUGCUAACUUCCAAUGAGGGAAAACCGGGCUGGGGUGUGGUCUCCAUCGCACAAGGUAGUAGUAACCAUGGAAGCAGACGCCUCAGGGGUAUAUAAACCCCAGCGAAGAUCACCUCUCUCUGGACAUCAAGCCUUCGUCAAUCGCUUCAUUUGGUCUCUUCAGUCGGGGCCUGUCUUUCAUUUUUUCUGUUUGAUAUUGUUCUUUCUUUUUACCAGUCUGUCGUUAACAAACUUUGGCUGCUACAGCCAGUCUUUUCUUUGAUAUUUUCUGCUUUCCUUCAAGAAGUCAUCCGCCGACGUCUUCCUGGACUUGCAUUCCACAUUCGUUGCUAUUCUAGCAUAAUGCGUGCUAACAACCUUCUGUUGCUCGCCGGCCUGGCGAGCUCCGUUGCUGCUUACCCCGCCGAUAUCGAGAGCCGUACUCUUGGCCCCCUUCUGGAAGGUAUUGGCAAGGGUAUUGUUGUUAUUGGUGAGGGUGUUGGAGAGGAGAUUGAGGAUGUCACCAAGGGCUUGGCCGACUUGAUCAGCCUCCUCUUCGGUGGCAGCAGUGCUCACACCACAGUAACCAUCCUCGAGGGAAUCAGCGCUCAGGCAGCCGCGGCCCUCCAAGGUGGUGCUUUGGGAUGCACUGCUGGUACCAUUCAUGCCGACGCACGUGCAGAGUUGGUGGCAUGGCUCCAGGCUCAUGCUGAGUUCGAUGCCUCCUUGAAGGCAGCCCUCGUGGCCUGGGCCCAGGGCGGAGCCUCUGCCACCUUGUCCGUGGAUGUUUGUGCUGGACUGUCAUUGUUCAUCCCCACUUGUGCCGACAUUGCCGCUAAGGGUGAUUUGUAUGUGACCCUUGACGGUAUCUUCUCCGCAACCGAUCUUUCUGCCGAAGUUGUGCUCAGCGCUUCGGCUCAGUCUUCCCUGUCUACCUUCCUCUCUGGACACCUUGGUGUUGGUCUCGAUGUCGACAUCAGGGCUGGUCUUGGCCUAUGUGCUGGCGGCGGUCUUGUUGCCGAUCUGGCCGCAGAUGUUAAGGCUGCCCUGAAGGUUUGGCUUUCGGGCUCAGAGUGCACCUUGAGCCAUUCGUUGAAGGUCUCUGUUCUGGCCUGGUUGGAGGGUAAGAUCGAAACCGGUGUCGUCUCCAUUGGCUCUCUUCCUUCUGGUGGUUUGGCAACUAUCUCCGCUGGUGCUGCUAUUGGCAGCCUCGUCGAAGAGUCUGGAAUUCUGGUUGCCAGUGCUCAAGCUUCCCUCUCUGCCUUCCUCCAGACCGACAUUGCUGCUGACCUUGAGGUUGAGAUCCUCACGGCCCUCAAGGCUUGUGCUAAGGGUGGCCUCGCUGCUGAUCUCAGCGUCGAAGUCCGUACCGCUUUGGCUAUCUGGCUCUCUGGCUCCAGCUGCCGUCUUGGUGCCGAACUUAAGUCGGUUGUUCUGUUCUGGCUUACCUUUGCUGUUUCUGCCGAUGUUGCAGUUGAUGUGAGCGGUGGCCUUCUCACUGAUAUCACUUCUUUCCUCACCGGAACUGUUGACACCCUUAUCGGUACCAACCUCCGUGGUGUGAUCUCCGUUCUCAUCUCUGGCCAGAGCCUCGUUUCCAUUUCCAUCGACGCUCGUGCUCAGCUCGCUGCCGUCUGUGGUGGUGCUGCCGGUGUUGAGAUUGACACUCAGAUUAUCCUCAUCCUCAUUCAGUGGCUUUCUGGCUGCGACACUGGGUCUGGCGCCCCCAUUCGCCCCCCUACUUCCGGCUCCGUUGUUCCCAGCAUUCCCGCUUCUACGCCUGUUGCCUCUACUCCCGCUGCCUCAACUCCUGUUGUGCCGACUCCUGUCCCCACCAGUGCCGGUGCCACUGGAAGCAACGUUCCUUCCGUGCCCGCUGGCUCUGCCACUACCGGUGUUACUUCUGGUGUCAGCUCCGGCUCUGUUAUCCCUACUCCUAGCGGCCCGGCUCCCAGCGAUGAGGCCAGCAGCACUCCCUGCGAAACCAUUACUUCUGAGACCGUCAUUGGCAGCGCCACCACUGAGUAUCCUUCCAGCCCUGUCCCCACUGAUGUCAGCCCUACCGGUUCUGAGUCUUCUGUGAGCGUUCCUGCUGUUCCUACUCCUAGUGGCCCUGCCCCCGGUGAGGAGGCUAGCAGCACUCCCUGCGAUACCAUCACCUCCGAGACCGUCUACCCCGUCGCCACCGAGACUGAUGCUCCCUCUGUCAGCACCACCGAUGUCCCCCCUGUCAUCACCACUGCCCCCGCUGUCAGCUCCGAGCCCGCUCCCAAGGUGGUUACCAUCACCACCACUGUGAGCGUCGCUGUUUGCGAGCCCUAAAUCAGUCAACUACAUGGGCUGAAGAUUACGAGACGAUCGCAAUGGCAGAAACGCUCAAUAUGCCUCGUGUAAAUACCUAAUUAUAAUUCUAAUUCGCCUGGUUUUACCCCGAUCAUGCGUCAAUGCUCUUUGCGUGGGGCUUGCGAUCUGGGGGAGUACAUGGUUCACUGACAAGGAAACUUACGUUCUGGUUGUGUUUUAAUCUUUUUUUGUGGAUUCCCUUCAAUGGAGUACAUUCAUUUUUUUACAAUAUACCUACUACUGCCUGUAUAGUACUUGACGAAUCUUAGUAAUAUAACGAGCAUACUGUUCUCAACCCAGUUCAAGGCC